GGAAGGCAGGGGAGGGAGCCGGCUGCAGAGGGCGGUGACAGCGCUCUAGGGACAGCUGGGCGGCUCGGCCUCGCAGACCGAAGUUGGGAGCCGCUGCAGCACAGGCCUCCAAGAUGAGGCCGGCGCUUGCCCUGUGUCUUCUCUGCCAGGCGUUCUGGCCCCGGCCUGGCGGUGCCGAGCACCCCACGGCCGACCGCGCGGGUUGUCUGGUCUCCGGGGCCUGCUACAGCCUACACCACGCUACCAUCAAACGGCCUGCAGCCGAGGAGGCCUGCAACCUGCGCGGCGGGGCGCUCAGCACAGUGCACGGUGGCGCCGAGUUGCGCGCGGUGCUCACACUGCUUCGGACAGGUCCCGGGCCGGGCGGGGGCCCCAAAGACUUGGUGUUCUGGGUGGCGCUGGAGCGGGGGCGUUCGCACUGCACCCUAGACAGCGAGCCCUUGCGGGGUUUCUCUUGGUUGAUCCCAGACGCCAGUGCGUCCGAAGACGACACCCUGCCUUGGGUGGAGGAGCCUCAACUCUCCUGUACCGCGCGCAAGUGUGCGGGACUCCAGGCUACGAGGGGGAUAGAACCCGCAGGCUGGAAGGAGAUGCGUUGCCACCUGCGCGCCAACGGUUACCUGUGCAAGUACCAGUUUGAAAACUUGUGCCCCGCGCCGCCCCCGGGGGCUGCCUCUAACUUGAGCUACCGCGCUCCCUUCCAGCUGCACAGCUCCGCGCUGGACUUCAGUCCUCCGGGUACCAAGGUGAGUGCAACCUGCCUUGGGGAGCCCUCCAUCGAAGCCACCUGCGUCGUGGAAGAGACCGGCGCGCGCUGGGACAAGCUCCCCUCCGGGGGUGUGCUCUGUCCCUGCCCCGGGAGAUAUCUCCUUGCCGGCAAAUGCGCGGAGCUUUCUCAUUGCCUGGACGGCUUGGGAGAUUUUGCCUGCGAAUGUGCUCCAGGCUUUGAGCUGGGAAAGGAUAGACGCUCUUGUGUGACCAAAAGUGAAGGACAGCUGGUCCCCGAGGCAACCAAGGUGUCCACCCGGAGCCAGCCAGCCACUGCAGCCAGUCCAGUGCCAAAGAGAACAUGGCCUCCCAGAGUCCAUGAGGAGCCAGGAGAAAGACCACCCAAUAUCCCUGGAGAGGGCAGUUCUGCAACUUCUGUUCCUGAGACCAAAUCAGUAGCCAGCCUCACUCCUCUGGGAAGUAUGGUCCCCACAUUUAACUCCACACCUACCUCCUCCGUGCUCCAGACUUUCGACUACUCUUCCACUGUGGUCUUCAUAUUUGUAAGCAUAGCAGUGGUGGUGUUAGUGAUCCUGACCAUGACAGUCCUGGGGCUUUUCAAACUCUGCUUUCACAAGAGGCCUUCUUCUCAGCCAAGGAAAGGGCCUUUGGACCCUCGGGGCGUGGAGAAUGAAGCUGAGCGCUCCAGCUCUGCACCUUGCACUGACAAUGGGGUGAAGGCCAGGGACAGCGCUCUGCAGGGCAGAGCAGAGGAUUCCUCCCUGGCAGGAUCCCCUCCUUCUUCCUGGGUCACAUAAGGAAACAGGACAGAGGCUCUCCUUGUGAACAGAUGUUUUCCAUUUCCAUGACAAGGUAGAGGAAGAACUCCAGUGUGGAAAAUCCUCUUUUCUAAAUUCUCUCACUGGAAGAAGCUAUAUCUUUUUGUGUGUGUGCGUGCCGGGAAUCGAACUCUCAACCUCUUGUUUGCCAGGUAGUUGCUGUGCUGCUGAGCUAUAUCCCAGCUCUAGGAGCUAAAUCUUAACAGCACAUUCAUUCCCUGAAGAUGAAAGAGGUGGAAAUGCUUUAGGGUGGUACUGGAGGUAAGGGUGGUACUGGGAGAAGUACCACCUGGGGAUUUCAGAGAACUGAAUGAACAUUGGAAGACUUUGGAGACAACUAGAAAACAACACAAUUUUUUAAAGUUCAUUUUUACCAAAAGGCAAAAAAAAAA